AUGUGGCGUCUAUUUCUUCUUCUGCUCGCAGCCCUCUGCGUAACAGCGCUUCCGGCUGUCAAUGAGCACGGGGACUGUAGACGUGAUGAUCUCUACAAGUCGCUGAAAAGGGACGGCGAGGCCUUUUGCACAAUGAUUCUGGAUCCCGAGUGCUACACGACCAUCAGCACGCCAAGCGAAUUCGCAACCUACGAUGACAGCAAGCUGUCUUCCUACUGCUCGUGCAUCUACGAGGCAUGCCACCACGAUGCUACGAGCUCAGAAGACGCAUCGCUGCCGAGCUACACACAACCGUCAACUGCCACCGCGACUUCGCACACCUGGACUUCGCUUCCCACCCACGACAUCGACGUCUCUGGACGCGACAACCACUGUCAUCCCACUACCGACGACGUCGCUUACCACGCCGUCUGUCUCUGCUACCGUGUCCCCUGGAAAUACCACUUCUACACAAGUGUCGAACAGUACGUCGUCGAUAUCCUCUGA